AUGCUGGAGAAGGGGAUAACUUCACCUCUGACGGUUUUCACAUUUCCUAUCCAUAUGUGUAUCGAAAAUGAAGAGGAAAUAGUUAAGUGGAUGUACACUGAUGAAGUAAUUCGUUCGCCUAAUCUUAUCGGCAGUACGCCAUUACUCACAUCACGUGAUUGUGACGGGAUAGAACAAAAUGAAAUAGUGUUAAACAUGACGCAAGAGGAAUGUGUAGAACUGUAUGGCGUGCAUACCCCAGCAUGUGAAGACGAGGACCUUGUGGGCAUGGCCUGCGACGACAAAGAAUUCAUCCAUCAUUAA